AUGGCGUCCUCUACUGAUGCUUCUCAACCACUACUUGGUGAACACGUAGACGUCGAGAAUCAAGACAACCCGCAGAGCAGAGGUGAUCACAAACAAAAAGCCAAAGGCUUCCCUUUGUCAACAUCUAUUGCCUUUUUACGAGAUGCAUCCGGCAGUCGUUUCAUUGGAAACCUUGCAUCAUGGUCUAAACGAGGCGCGGAUGGGCUCGGAAUAAGCAGAAAUAACAGCUUCUACCGCCAGCAACAACACCGACAGCAGCACUCCAACGAAGAGUGUAACGAUGAAGAUUACUAUCACAAUGAUUGGUCAUACGACCCAAACAGAUCCACUACCUGGGCUCGCCUCAGAGCCAAAACCCGGUCAUUCCUAUCCUCCAAAUGGGGCCAUUACAUCGUCCUCUUCAUGGUCGCUGUAGAUGUGGCAUGCAUCUUUGCCGAUUUUAUGAUUGAGUUGCGCGUCUGCGAACUACGUGAGCGGCAUCAAACCCCCAUUGAUCGUCGAUGGGGUCUAGCGCAGGAAGCGUUGGGGCUGGUCGGCUUGAUAUUCUCAUGCUUGUUCAUGUUGGAAUUGAUUGCUUCAGUGCUGAGUUUUGGGUUGAGUUAUUUUCGGUCCACAUUUCAUAGUUUUGAUGCUUUGGUCAUUGUGCUAGCGUUUAUUUUGGAUGUUGCGCUGAGAGGUGUGGUGGAGGAAUUGGGGUCCUUGGUUGUUGUUCUCCGAUUAUGGCGGGUUUUCAAGAUCAUCGAGGAGAUGGGUGAGGUUAGUGCGGAGAUGAUGGAGAAGUAUGAGGAGGAGUUGGAGAAUUUGAACAGGGAGAAUUCGAAGUUGAAGAGGAAGUUGAAGGGUUAUGGGUCGAAUGAUGAGGAGGAGGAUAUUGAGGGUCACGCUGGAGGUGAUGAGGAGGAUGACAAUGAAUGA